AUGGCUCCCCUUUGUGGUGAAUUUACUGAUAUUGAGGAAUAUUGGCCAUACAGAAUAAGGGUGCGGGCGUCAACAAAGGCUGGAGAUGGACCUUCUUCUGACUCAGAGGAAUUCAGGACCCCAGAGGCAGCCCCGGGCCGUGUGACAAACCUUCAUUUCAUUGUACUGGACGGCUUACUAACCAGCGUGAAUGUAACUUGGGAGCCUCCAAAGCUGAGAGACAGAAAUGCCAAUAUCACAAGUUUUGUACUCAAAUACCGGGCAAAGGUCUCCGAUAAUGUGACGUCUUUCACCAUCCCUUGGUCACAGUCAGACAAUGAAGUGUAUUCUAAAGUAGUGAAGGUUGAACCAGGUGAAGAGUACAACGUUUCGCUGGUGGCCGUUAGCAAAAGAUUUAUGGGAGAGAUACUUUACGUCGAGUACUUAGCACCUCGUGGACCGCCUCCUGUGCCUACUGAGUGCGUUAUUUGCCCGGACGUCUCCACCAAAAAAACCGUCCCCCAAUCCGUCCAAAUCUUUCAGCUGAAUCUCAGGAUGGACUUCUUCACUGAUGACACCAAUGGGAAAAUCGUCGAUUCCGGGUUAAUCGUAAUCCAGACGAGUUCUGUUGAAGGAGAGUCUACCUCCAAGAGUUUGGCGGAUACAUUCUACAUGAACUAUGCGAAAUGGCACGAAGCGAAUAGCAAAGAUUUCACCAUUCCUUACAGAGCUACUCCGGUUGAUUGGUACAUUCGACGUGAUAUAAUGAGCAGGUCAGAAGGGGAAACAGGUUCUUUCCGGUAUACAGUUGGAAAUGAUGGAAAUUGUACUGAAUCUAUUGACACGUUUUGUAAUGGUCCAUUGAAGCCAGCAACGAAAUAUAGUGUAAAGGCAUUUUCCUGCACUCAUGGCGGAUGCACCGAAACGGAGUACAAAUCUGGCUAUCAAACUUCUGAAGCCAGUCCUUUGCAAGAGCCCUAUGUAACAGUAGCAGCAGCCGUGAGUGCAUCUUGUGGAGUGCUUAUUAUCGUCACUAUUGUUCUCGUCGUUGUCCUCUUCAAGCGAGCUCGUCGUCAGAAGAACAGAGAGAGGACCCCCAGUGAUUCUGGUUCAGACAGUGACUGCCCAGUCCCGUUCACUCCGAUAGUCAAACAACCACUCGACGAUCUCCAGACAGCAAACCCAAUUCCCUUGGCUGAGCUCUUUCAGACUGUAGAAGAGUUACACAGGGAUUCAAACUUAGCCUAUUCCAGACAAUAUUUGUGGCUGAAAGAAAGAAGUCCCAAGUUACCUGUCACUGCUGCGGUUCUGAACGAUAAUAUGCUGAAGAACCGCUACAUAGACGUCCUGCCGUUUGACGAUACCAGGGUAAAACUGCUACCGGUGGAAGACGACGAGGCGUCAGAUUAUAUCAAUGCUAACUACAUUCCGGGUUACCAUUCCCAGAGAGAGUACAUUGCUGCCCAAGGUCCUUUGGAGACGACGGUGGAGGAUUUCUGGAGAAUGAUCUGGGAACAGAAAGUCACCAUCAUCGUCAUGUUAACGAAAGUGAAAGAGAAAGGAAUGGUGAAGUGCGUGCAGUACUGGCAAGAUGAAGACGGAAAUCAUGAGUAUGGAAAUAUUGCUGUUGAACGCUUGUCGUACUCCAACCUCAACACCUAUGAGCUACGGGAAUUCACCAUAACCAAUAUACAUGAUACAACUGUCCGCAAAAUCAAACACUUUCAGUUUUUGACGUGGCCAGACUUUGGAGUGUCAAACUGUGAAGAUAUGGUGAACUUCCUUCAGGAUGUCAGAAGCCAUGUCAGACCGAACAUGAGUGGACCCCUCCUCGUACACUGCAGGUAA